AUGAGCACGGCUAGUAAUGCUCCAGGUGCUCGAUCGCCAAAUGUGAAUGGCGAUUCAAGACGGAUCCCUAGUUUAAGUGAUUCGCGUUUAAACGAUUAUUUACCAACAUCAUUGCACCUUGAAAAUCUUGCAAACACAGUAACUAGCACAAUGACAACUACUGUCUCAACUACUGCAUCAAUGCUUUUCUCUCCUUUAACAACUCGUGCUGUUAAAGGAGACACUGCUUAUAUUUUAUCCGAGCUUGCACCUCAAUUAAUGGAUCAGCGUCGCUUACAACAAUUUAUAAUUUCUGCAGAAGACAUUUCUACAAGCACAACUUCUCCAAUACCCGAUGAUAUUUUAUUAGACUCAGAAAUACCAGAAUCUAAAGCUCCAUUAUCAUUAUUUCAAGGUUACAAGGCAACUUGUCAAGACGUUGAAACACAUAAAAAAUCUAAAAGAAAAUCAAAGUUUCAUAAACGAAAAGUAAGAGGUCUUUUAACUGACACUUUUGAUGCAACGUCAGAUACAGCGUCGGCAGAUAGUGAUUAUAAACCUCUUAAUCAACUUAUUGCGGAUCGUGAUAGAGUUGUUAGAGAGAAUAACAAAAUACAAAUGCAAGAGUCGCGAACAAAAGCCGAUAUUAAAAAAACUGAAAGUGAAAUUGCAGAAUUGACUACUAGAAAGUUAAAUUUGGAAAACAAUUUGGCUACAUACAACAAACGACAGGUCGAAUUAUCUAGCCAAUUGGAAGAUCUAAACGAAAAGAUUGCCAAUUUUAAUACUGAAAUUAGUUAUAAUGAAAGACGAACACGGAAAGGUGCUGCAAAACGUAGCUAUGCGCCCGGAACAUGUUUUAAGGUUUUAGAAGGUCACGAGGAUAUGAUUACAUAUUUAGUUAAAUGUUUACAAAUAGAUGGAUCCCGUUUAGUGACUGGUUCACGCGAUAAAACAAUUCGUCAAUGGGAUUUAUCCAAGUUGGUUUCUCAUCCAGAAUCUGUCACCAAUUUAUCAGAAUUAAGUUUCGCUUCAGCUUUAACACCAGAGGCAAAUGGAUUGGCAAAUGUUGGUGAUAAUUGUUGGAUGGCUUCGUUGGAAGGACACAGUGGAUCAAUUACUUGUCUGCAUUUUGAAAAUAAUCAUAUUGUAUCCGGAUCUUCAGAUAAGACUAUGAAACAUUGGGAUAUGGAAACAGGACAAUGUAUUUUAACUCUGGACAUUUUGUGGGCCAUGUCUUGCUCUAAUGCUGAGCGUAGGCAAGCUGGACUUUUAUUUGAUAGUUUAUUUGGUGGUGGUGAUUUUAUAGGAGCUUUGCAAUUUCGAGAUGUUGGAUUAGCAAGUGGAACCGAAGAUGGUGCAAUACGAAUGUGGGAUUUAAGGACAGGUCAAGCACACAGAACACUAUUGGGGCACACAGGUCCCAUAACAAGUCUUCAGUUUGAUGAUCUUCAUGUUAUAUGGGAUCUAAGAACGGGAUCCGUGAUUGACGCCUUCUCUUAUGAUAAUAGUAUCACAAGUUUACAAUUUGAUUCCAACAAAAUAAUCAGUUGUGCCGGUUGCAAUGAUAUAAAGAUUUAUAAUCGAAAAAAUUUUCAACAUUCGAGUUUCGAAGGACAUUCACAGCAUUCACAAUGCAUUAAGUUUAAAGACUCAACUUUGUUAUCUGGAGGACAAGAUAGAGUGGUCAAAUUAUGGGCUUUAUAA